AUGAUAUUGUAGAAUAAAUAUUAUGAUAACCUUUAAAAUUUUUUAAACUCUUCUCUUUAUACUCAUUCUAUUCUCCAUAUCGAUCUAAAUUCCAAUAAAAUUGGCGAUGAUGGAGUAUCAAGCUUAGGCUCUGCAUUAUAAAAAUGUGAUAAUCUCUCAAAUUUGACACUUAGUCUUAAUGGAAAUUAAAUUGGCUAUCAAGGCACAUUAAGCAUAUGUUCUGCUUUAGAACAGUGUACUUAGCUAUCUAAUUUGACAAUUUAUCUUGGUUGGAAUAGAAUCUAGGAUGAAGAUGCAUCUAACUUAGGUUUUGCUCUAGCAAAGUGCUCUAAUAUCUCAAAUCUCGCACUUUAUCUACAUUCCAACAAAAUAAGUGAUGAAGGUGUGUCAAGCUUUUCUUUUGAUAUAGCAAAUUUCCCUAAUAUUUCAAGUUUGGCACUUAGUUUUGGUGAUAAUUACAUCAGUGCAAAAGGUGCAUUAGGUUUAAGUCAUGCUAUAGCAAAGUGCACUAAUCUCUCAAACUUGACACUUGAUCUUUGUGGAAAUUAAAUUUGUGAUGAAGGUUCAUCAGGAUUAAGUUUUGUUUUAGCAAAAUGCACAAAUCUUUCAAAUUUAACACUUUAUCUUAGUUCAAAUAGAAUUGGUUCGAAAGGUGCAUCAGACUUAGGUUUUGCUUUAGUAACCUUCGCUAAUCUCUAAAAUUUAACACUUUAUCUUAGUUAGAAUAAAAUUGGUGAUGAAGGUGCAUCAAAUUUAGGUUUUGCUUUAUCAAAGUGCACUAAUCUCUUAAAUUUGACACUUAGUCUUGGAUACAACUAAAUCAAUGAAUCCAAAUAAAUGAAAGUUAAUAAAAGAUGUAUUAAAUCUAAAAGAUUAGUUGUCUUUGAAAAUUAAUGA